CACGUAAGAGGCGACAGCGUUCAGAGCGCGCGCGCAUGUGACGCCUCGCGCUCCAUAAAUAGCCUUUUUCCGCUAGUCUUUGGAAAGUUGCUGAAGUGGCCGCGGCUGAGCGUCAGGAGCUGUCCAAGGUUCUGAGAUUUGCUCGCGCGAACAACGGGGAUCUGUCCUCGGUGCUGAAUUGACACGGCGCGAGAGAGGGAGCUCGACCGGUCCACCUGAAAACGUACGCUGUCUGUGCUGAAUCUCGCACGCGCUGCUCCAGCUUUGUACUCUUCGCGAACACAAUCCGCUUAGCGCGCUGCCGCGAUUAAACUGCUCUCUCUCUCUCUCACCCCUGGAUAGCUCCGGGUUUAUAGCGAAUACGCGACGCUUCAAGUCAUUUUUGCAAGCCGUUUUGCAUUUUCUGGAGGACAUUACACGACGAGAAUAAUAGGAUGCGCUUCAGUUCAACGGUCAUGCCCGUGAGAAGUGCAGACCGGUCCCACGCGCUCAUUCUCGCCCUCAUCAUUACUGCUUCUCUGACGAGCUCGCGAGGCCAAGAUGAUGGCAUUGGACCAACUGAUGGAGGUGAAUCAAAAUUAGAACAAGAGCUCAACCCCAUCACCAGCAAACCAGACUCCACAAGGGAGCUCCAUAAGUCUGCAACAGCGGUUCCACCAAACUUCAACCACCAACCCAACCUGAAAGGCCUUCUCCUCCAUGAGGCUCUACUCACUAAGAACUUUGAAGGAGACCAGCAGUUCUUCAGAGAUGGUGGUCAUAUGGAGUCACAUCCAACCUCCCCAAGACCCCAAGAACCUGGAGAUCCACUUGGAUUAUCUCAUGAAGAUGCACCUGCUUUCUCUGACAUUGCUACCACGAUCAUGACAACACCCAGUCCUACGAGUCCUGGGAAGCUGAUUUCCGUUGGCCAAAAUAGGUCGAGCAAGAGAAGGUUAGAAGGGAAGCUGCAGAUUUUGGGAGGUCAAAAGGUUAUGGCUACUAGUCCAAGAACUGGACAACAAAGAGCUUCACCAAUGGCUCAACAGCCGCCUAGGGUAGGUUCCACAAAAAAAGAAGCUGGGAAGAGGUUUAUGGGUAACCCCAUGAAAGUGGAUGGAGAUACAACCAUAACAAGCAUCAUCCACACCACAACUGUAAUCAACACUAUGAGAGAACAAGGUCAGUGCAGCACAAACUUGACAGAUGCCGAGGGCUACAUCGAGAUGCCGCCAAGCUCUGAUUCAUUUGACUCCACAAUGGACUGCACCUACUACGUGUCCGUCUAUCUCGGAUAUGGGGUUGAAAUUCAGGUGCUGAAUGUGACGUUGGAGGAAGGUGAGAAUGUGGUGCUGGAAGACCUCGGUGGCCUUGAGCCCUCCAUCCUGGCCAACAAAUCUGGGCUGAUGAGAGGGCUAGUGAUGAAAAGCUCCAGCAAUCUGAUCUCCAUCCACUUCACCAGUCAGAAGCAGCCAAGGCCAGGAUCCCUGCUGGUGCGCUACAGAGCCUUUGUUUUGAGCUGUGCUUUCCCACAAGCGCUGGCUAAUGGCGAGGUGACUGUGAGCAGCCUGCAUGUAGGAGGAGAGGCCUAUUUCUUCUGUCUAACCGGAUACCAGCUCCAUGGCGUGUCGUCUCUGACUUGCCGCAACGCCACCACGCCAUACUGGAGCGGCAAAGAGCCCAAAUGUGUAGCCUCUUGUGGAGGGAUGCUUAAAAAUGCCACUCUGGGCCGCAUCGUCUCUCCGGGGUUUCCCGGAAACUACAGCAACAACCUGACAUGUCACUGGGUUCUGGAGGCCCCCAGGGGCCACAGGCUGCACGUGCACUUUGAGAAAGUGGCUCUGGCUGAGGAUGAUGACAGGCUGCUGAUCAAGAACGGGAACAACAUUGACUCGCCUCCUGUGUACGACUCUUAUGAGGUAGAAUAUCUUCCCAACGAGGGGGUGGUGAGCUCAGGGAGGCAUCUGUUUAUCGAGUUCACCACGGACGAGACGGGCACUUGCACUGGCGCUGCCAUACGAUACGAAGCAUUUGCCCAGGGAACUUGCUACAAGCCAUUUGUGAAAUACGGCAACUUCUCAAGUAGUGACGCGUCAUUCAGCGUGGGCACGGUGGUGGAGUUCUCCUGUGAGCCGGGCUACACGCUGGAGCAAGGCUCUGUCACCAUUGAGUGUGUGGACCACGAGAACCCACAGUGGAAUGAGACGGAGCCGGCCUGCCGUGCUGUGUGCAGCGGGGAGAUCACCGAUUCAGCAGGAGUGGUGCUCUCACCAAACUGGCCUGAAGCCUAUGAUAAAGGGCAGGACUGUAUCUGGGGCAUUCAUGUGGAGGAGGACAAGCGAAUCUUGCUGGAUAUCCAAGUCCUUCAUCUUGGAAAGAAUGACAUACUGACGUUUUACGAUGGCGAUGACCUCACGGCCAACAUCCUGGGCCAAUACAGUGGCACACUCCCCAGAUACAAGCUCUACACCUCUACAGCGGACGUGACCAUCCAGUUCCAGUCCGAUCCGGCCACCAACAUCUAUGGCUACAACAACGGCUUCGUGGUGCAUUUCUUCGAGGUGGCCCGCAAUGACACGUGCUCAGAAUUACCGGAGAUCACGAACGGCUGGAAGAGCACGUCCCAUCCGGACCUGAUCCAUGGGACAGUGGUGACCUACCAGUGCUACCCAGGCUUCCAGGUGGUCGGAUCUGAGAUCCUCAUGUGCCAGUGGGAUCUAACGUGGAGCGGAGAUGUGCCCAGCUGUGAGAAAGUGAUGUUGUGUCAGGACCCAGGCUCUGUAGAUCACGGACGCAGGCUGAUGACGGGUUCCCGCUUCACCGUGGGCUCCACUGUGCAGUACAUGUGUAACAAAGGCUACAUUCUCUCAGGCCCGGGCCUUCUCACCUGCUACAGCCGCGACACGGCCGAGCCCAAGUGGAGCGAGAAGAUCCCCAAGUGUGUCCCUGAAAGGUACGAACCUUGUGCUAACCCCGGAGCUCCUUCCACUGCCAUCCAGAGCUCAGAGAAAGCCUUCUUCCAGGCAGGAGAGAUGCUGAGCUUCACCUGUCGGACGGGAUACGAGCUGCACGGUGAAGCCACCAUCCGCUGCCUCCCAGGACAUCCAUCUGAAUGGAGCGGAGCACCACCUGCAUGCCGGGCCUCUGCAAGAGAUGUUAAUGAGCGCAGAUUGGACGUUCUCAGCACUGAUUUUGCUACCGAGGGCACAGACACUGCCAUUGCAGUCAUGCUUCCUGCUGCAGUGGUGCUGUUGGUCAUCCUGGGCAUUUUCCUUUACUUCUCCAAAGUUCAGGGAAAGACCAUGCACCACUCCAGCUCCUCCUCACUUCCCUACGACAACAUGACGGAGGAAUCUGCGUUUGACAACCCCGUCUACGAGACUGGAGUAAGUAUGGACACCAUGAACCUGAGAGACGUGGACUCCCAGAACACUGUGGUCCUUUCCUGACCACUCGACUCCAUCUGUCCUGUCAUCGCAUCACCAGCAGACGGCAGCAUUUGCACCGUCCGCUACCAUUUUCAUCUCAGAUCACUGACUGACUUUCUGCCUCUAAAAAACAACACUGGUAUUAAGCGCUGCAGUCCCGUGUUAGUUAGAGAUACAGACUCAGGAGUGGCUUUCGAAGCUUGUCCAUCACCCAGUGGCAGAAAACACAGGAUGUAACAAGGGCGUGUAAGCAGCUUAACUUAACUCUGUACAUUAAGUUCCUUUAACUAACGUUAUUUACUGAACAAACCAUAACCUAUAGCUUUGUGAUAGAUAGAUCUGCAAUAUAUUGAUGUUAAUAGUUGUAGUAGUACAACUGUGAAUAAAUAUGAGUAAAUAAUCACAAUAACAUUUAUUAAUUGACAUUUAUUAAAUAUAUAAAAGGCUAAAAGCUGAACAUGUUGCUAAAUUUGGAUAAAUUCCUGAUAUCAGAACUUCUCACUGUUACUCGUUACUUUAUUUUACCCAUUACUGGUGUUUAUUAAUGGCUUAUUAAUCACCAUACGGUAGAUUUAUUUGGGUGAAAUGUGUAGAGUUCAUGUUCUGAGCUGGUUCUAUGGAACAUGCAAACCUGUAGGAAAGGCUCAGAGGACUGAUGGGUGUGUAAAGGAUUAUAGACAGUCAUUGUGUGUGGUGUAAUGAAGACAGCUGGACUCACAGAUGUAAGGGUUCAUCGUCAGACCUUGUAUUCAUUUGAAGCUCAGAGCUGAGAAGCAUGCAUGAUGUAGGAUGAUGAAAUCUUAAAAUUGUGACGUUAAUUGGAAUUGAUACUCGCUAUAUGUUUAACAGAAUUAUGUAGAAGCAUGAUAACAUUUCCAAUAAACAAUAACAAAUAAUAAAUGAGGUUUAAUAUGACUAAUAUGACUGCUCUGCAUAGUGCACAGUUUCUUCACAUUUGAACCACAUCCAUUUCAUUCCCUGCAUCCUGACUGCUGGAAUAAGUUUGUUUCAGUUACUUUUUUCAUUUCCAUUCAUUUCAUUCCCAUUGGUUUUGCAUAUAUGUGGGUUUCUGAUCAUUGGAAUGAUGUGAUCUGUCUAUUAAAACAGUGUGACGAUGCAGAGACCAGGUGUUGUGAUGCAACACCAUCACAACAUUGUGUUUUAUUCCUCUUACACCACAGCAAUUUACCAAAGAUUUUAUAUUCUAUUUAUUUCUGAGCAACAUACUGCAAAAUAGUCAUAACUUUGCUUCCAUUAUAGUGGGUGUAAACAGUCAGGGUCUUGUUGAAUUUAAUGUAAUGGGAAAAAAAAGCAAGAGAGGAAGCAGAAAGCCCUCCAUCCUGCAGAUAUUCCUGUCUUUUUACAGAAAUCAACACCAUAACAAUUUUUUAAUCAGCCUGUGUAAGUCGUUAUAAGACAAAAAAUGAUAAUGUAUUAGAACAUGUGCAUGAAUAUAAAUGUUAGAAUUCUUCUGAUGAAAUGAGAAUUCAACAGCUUUGGUGUAAAUGCAAAAAAAGUUUGUUCUUUAUACAUAUAGAUAGGGUUGUUUUUUUUACUUCUGGAAUAACGUACACAUGAGUCAGAAUCGAAACGCAUGCUGAGAAAGAAGGACCAUAAAAGGAUUUUAUAAGGGAACUGCUAAGGAGUUCUCAUGAUGUCUUUUACUCUUUACGUCUACAUGCUCCUCUCUUGGGCCAUACUGCGCAUCCUACUCCUGUGCCAUCCUUC